AUGUCAACGGGACUAUUGUUGCAUUUGGAGAUUUUAAUUCUGAUAAAUAAUUUAAUAGUAUUAAGUGCUGAUCAAACAACAAUAAGUAUUUAUCUAUGGGAUCAUGAUAGUUAUAAGUAUGAAUUAGAACCAUCAUUGAAUAUAACAAUAUCAACAGAUGGAUCAAAUCCCGGAUUUUUAAUUACUAAUGUAUUACCAGGAGAUUAUAAUUAUGAUGGAUAUUUGGAUUUAUUAAUUAUGGGACAAGAAGAUCCUACUGAUCAAGAUGCGGCAAACUAUAUGCGCGUUUAUAUGGGAUAUUCCAAUAAUACAUUUAUUCCGGAAUCAACAGUACAACAACCAAUUCCUUUAGAUUAUUAUGGAACGAUGAAAGUUGAUUUACUUGGACAUUCAUUUGAUAAUAGUUCAUAUAUUUCAGUAUGGAAAAAUAUAUUCAAUGAGACAAAUUCUACCUUAUUUGAAGUAGUUCCCAUGUCCACAAAUACAACAGACACCACAACGAUACCUAAUUGUACAUUAGCAGAUCCACACUCUAAUGCAUUUAUAGACUUUAAUGGAGAUUGUUUAGCUGAUUUAUUUCUCACUUGCAAUGAUAGUUCAUCAUUGACAUAUCAAAUAUGGAUAAAUACCAAAGGAGAGUUUCAAUUUAGUCAAUCUGGAGAUUUACCCGAAGGAACUGGACAAAUAUCAUUCGCUGAUAUUGAUGGAGAUGGUGCAAUUGAUAUGUUAUUUCCAGUAUGUCCAACUAAUGAAUCAACAUGUAAAAUACACAUUGCAUAUAAUGUUCAAAUUCCAUUAUGUGGAAGUUCUGACACGAAUUGUCGUAGUUCACAAGAUUUAUGUAUUGCUGAUGAUAAAUUUCAUUUUAAUUUAACUGAUUCUGAUUCAAAUGAUGCUUAUGUUAUAUUGGAUUUAUCAUCUCAAUUACCUGAAGGUGAAAAAAUAUUAACUCUGGAUACGGAUUUCAAAGGAACUUUACCUGUUCCAAUUAGAAUAGGAGAUUAUAAUCUUGAUGGAUAUCCGGAUAUACUUGUCGUUACAUAUUCCUCGUCUUCAUCACAUGUUACAUUAUUAGAAUCAUUUUUAUGUACAACUAGUUAUUGUGAUCAGGCAGCUGUUACUGCAAAAAGACGGACAUUUAAACAAGUUUCAGAUGGUGCUUCAGCUUUAAUUCUCAAAUCUGAUUCCGGUUCAUCACGAAAAAUUCAAAUGAUAGCCAAUAAUUACUUUGUCGAUGCAUUCUUCUUAAAAGCUCUUAUUGCUCAAUAUCCCCAAAGUGCAUAUCAUGCAUUAAUUACACCUUAUUCAUUAUUUGGUCUGGGUCGUACAAAUAAUUAUAUUGAAUUAUUCUUUGCUGGAUCUACAAGGAAUCAGACUAGUCAUUAUACAACAUAUUCUGGAGUUAUACCAAACUCUCAACUUAUUAUUGUCCCUUAUCAACCUCCAGAUGUUUACGAUACAUCGACAUGGUCAUUGGAAUUAUACAUUCAUCCUGGGGUUUGGGUUCCUUGGGUAUUACUUGUUUUAGUUAUUUCAACUAUUGUAAUGGUUGAUUCGAAAUAUUAUAAACUCGAUGAUAAAACUAUCCUCUCUGUAAAAAUCCCUCAAGAUGUAAUUACUAAAUGGUUUGAAGGGAAACGUCGUAAAAUUUCUUUGUUUAUUUGUCUUGAUAUUUCAGGUUCGAUGUGCGGUCCUCCACUUUCUCAAGCAAAGACUGCAAUCUUGAAAUUACUGGAAGAAUUAUUUUCUCGAGAAAUUCUUAUUGAGAAAGAUGUUACUUGUAUGUUUUUUGACACUGCUUGUGAUGUAGUAAGAUUUGCUGAUGAUCCCAAUAUGCUUUGGAAAAAUGGUGCCAUAAGGUCAUACUUUGAUACUGUUAAUGUUCGAGGAGGAACCCAAUUUGCCUGUGUAUUCAAUUCAAUUAUUGAUAAUUUAAAGAAAAUCGGUGGUGAUAGUGAUUUAGCUAUUAUUUUCUUUACUGAUGGACUAAGUUCACAUGGUGAAGAGUUUGAACAAAGUAAAUCGAAAUUAUCUAAAUCUUUGUUAGAAACUUCUUUUAAGACUGAAAUUCAUACCUGUGGCUCAAAAGAAGGAAACUUCCAAUACGUGGAAUCAUCUGAAGAUAUUCCUGGUACAAUGGAAACAACCUUGGGAUUAUUAGAAAUAAGUGAUAAAAAUCUCUAUCUAAAAAUCGGUGACAACCAAAUAUUACAAACUUAUUUUGAUAAUGAAGGAUUAGGAACUAUAGUUCUUACGGGCGAUUUGGAAACUAAAAUUGAUAAAAUCACAAUAUUAAAAGAUAACCAAAUUGUUGAUAUUGCGGAUGCUGAUAAAUAUGAAAUUUCUUUACCCCCACGUCAAAUUUUUAAUGAUGAUCCGACAUCAGUUUUAAUGUUAAUUCCUUUCAUUCAAAUUGAGAUUACAAGAUUGUCAAAUGAAAUUAUUAAUGAUGAUGAUAAUCAAGAAAUCGAGAAGAAACAAAAAUUUAACGAAAUAACUAAAUUAGCGAAUAAGUAUGAAGAUCAAUUGAACGUUAUUUUACAAAAUACUUAUAAAUCAAGAACUGCUAUGCGAAGAACAAUCAUACAACAAAUUUUUGAAGUCAAAUCUACAAUUAAUCAUUUCAAGUCUAUUUUAUCCGAAGCAUUAAAAGGAACCUUAACAAAUGAAAAAAUCGCAAGUUUCAAUAAUAUAGCAUAUAAAAACAUUACCAAACAAAGAUUAAGAACCAAACUUGACAAUCGUGCGGUCAAAAACAUUGAUAAAAUGGAAGAUAUUGAAAAAAAGAUUAUGCAAACUGUUGAUUCUAUGGAUUUUGAUCAAAUGGAAAAAGAAGAGACUGAAGAGAAUUUGACAACUUUCAUAUGUUCUUUAAGCACCGAUAAUUAUAUUGAAGCGAUGAAAGAGGGUGAAUGUAUUUGUUUGACUCUUGAUAUUUCGAGAUCACAAGCCGCCAUAGCAGAUCCUUCACAAAUUAAGAUCAAUAAAAUUAAUCAAUCUUUAUUAAGUUCAACCGCGUUUUUUGAUUCAGUAAAAUAUGCUUUAGAUCAAGGAAAUGUAUCAGCUGAAGAGAUACAUGGAGGAUUUCGACUUGAUAUCGUUGGUGCAAAAGCGGUUGAAGGAAUGGCACGUGAAAGUAUCACAGGGAUUCUUCCUUUGUAUAUAAAUGAAAAACAUUGGUCUAUCGCAAAAGAAAAAAUGAAGCCAAUAUUAGGUUAUAUGACAACACUCGAUAUAUUUGGUUACUCUUAUUCGCAAAUUACAACUGUACCUUUCUUAAUUCUCUCUAAAGCACUUUCCGAUACCUCAACUGAAUUUCGUCGACGUCAAUUCAAAUUAAUUUUCGAAACUUGUGAUGCAAUUUACAAACAAUCUAAUUAUUUACAUGAUGAUAAUAAAAAAUUAUUCGAAGAUUAUUUGAAAUCCCCUUUAAAUCGCACAAUUGAUAUUGUUCCCAAUUGCAUGGUAUAUCUUGGUCAUCUAUUAUGUGCAUUAAAAUGUAAAGACGUUAAUUUACCAGAUUUACAAAGAUGGUUGAAUGAUGGAUUAAUUGAAUAUUUGAUAGAAGAAACGAUUCGUAGAAAAUUUAAUAAAUUAAAAAGCUCAGAAAUUAUAAAAGAAAUGGAUGUUUCCAAAGUAUUCAGAAUUGAUAAGAAAAAAUAUAUCGAAGAUCCGGUAGAUGAAUUUAAAAUAAAUUAUGAAGAAUAUUUCAAAGCAUUAUUAAAUUCAGAUAAAAGUUCUAACCUUCGUUAUUCAAACGCUGCAAAACUGGCUUUGUUACAAGAGAACUUGGCAGAAAUUUCGAAUUUAAAUUUAGCAGAUUCAAAUGUAAUAGAUUCAAAAGAGAAUUCAGAAGAAUCGAUGGUUCCUCCUAAUAUUAAAAUUCAACUAUAUGACCCUGAAACUUUUCGAGUUUCCAAUUUUAUCAUUGAAAAGAUUAAAGAUAUAGUUGUAGAAUCUGUAGAAAUCAUUUUAAGAUUUAAAAAGAUUUUUGAAUAUCUUAUUGACAAUAAUGAUAAUAACGAUUCUAUGGAUUCUAUGUUUGAAUCUCUUUUGAAAAAACAAGAAUUUCAUUUCUUUGAAGAUCAAUCAACGUUAGCUAACUCAUUUUUCGGUAAAUAUUCUCCCAAGACACUAUUAGCAACAUUUUUUCAAUCUUAUCAACAUCGUCAAAAUCAUGAACGUCGUAAUGCGAUUAUCUCUGAAUCUAACAAAUCAAAAUAUUUUGAUCCAUUUUCUGAUAAAACUGCCGAAUCUAUAAUUGAGUUUUAUUUUAAUGAAUAUAUAAAUACCAAUUUGCAAAUUAAAUCUUUGGAAAUAGUCAAAGGCUAUGAAAAUGAAAAGGAAAAUGCAAUUGGAUUAUUAUUUUGGAACUUGAAAACAGAAGAAGAAGCUGCUGGAUUAUUAUUAACAGAUGUAAAAUAUCGAGGACAUAAAUUAUUUGGUCAAGUACUUAAGGCAUUACAAAGGAAUUCAUUGAAUUCACCCAAAGAAAAAAUUAUGAUGGUGUUAAAAGGAAAAUGGAAAGGUAUCCGAUUAUUUUUUGAUGAACCAAAAAAUCCCGAAGAUCCCGAAAGAUUAGCAAGAUUUAUUAGUAAUGAUGAUUGGCAUCCUUCAAGACGUACAAUUUAUCGUAUCAUGAAAGCUCAAAGAAAUCAAAUACCACAAAUAGAAUGGUGGAUUGAAUUAUUUCCAAAGUAUAAAGAAUACUUUGAACUUCAAUUUAAUGAUGAAUUAAUAAGGAAAAUAUUAAAUGAAAAAUAUGAAGCGAGACAAGAGAAACGUAAAAAUAAUUUAAAGUCGUCUUCAUAA